AAGUGGCAGGUGGCGGUGACAGCUAGGAAGGAGGGCACGUUGCAGCAGAAAGGCAGGCGAAUGAGGCAUGCUGAUGCGCCAUGACGUGUGGCUCCGCCGACCAUUGGCCACAACCCGCAUGACCCCAAGCAUGCACCCGCUGCUUCAGAGCGCUAGCCAAGGGACCCGUGUGCCCUCCACUGCUCCACACGACCACACCCAUGUCCACCUUCCAGGCUUCCGACAGGCCAUGACAGGCAGUGAACAUAAGAACAGGUGAGCACUCAUGCGUUCACUGACUCAGACUGACUAACACUAAGUAAAAGGGCUCGGUGUUGGCUGAGUGGCUGACUGCGAAUGUAUCAACAGGUGACGUUUGCGAGCUAUUGGCAAGUAUGGCAACACCAGCAGGCAGCCAGGCACCAGGGCAGGCUGAGAAGUCGGCGUCACACGCCCGUACUGCGCGCCGAGAAAUCCGAAUCCGACGCCGAAACACCGUGACUGUUUGGUCAAGUCACUGUGACUGCGUGAUAUGAGAUGCCCUUCAAUACUGUAUAUGCAUGUGAGUGCAGUCGCAUGUAAAACCUGGCGAGUCUUGCCGCUUGUCGAGGCAGUCUUGUCACUCACUGUCAGACGAACUGUGUUUUUCGAUUGCCCCGAGGCGCCAUAGCUGUUUUUAUGCUCUUGCACCUGCAUCCUCCACAUCUAGCUUGUCAUUGGAUAUGGCAUAACAAAAUGUUCUCUAGUUAUGGCCGCGAAGAGCUUGCUCGGCUCGCUGUUCGCCUUGCUAGUGGCCUUCUUCGCUAGAGCACUCGCUUGGCAAUCAAACCUCGGCGUUUUGCAUUUGCCGAAGCUUUAUGCACGUGCUCCAAUAGCAGAAUCAGGGCCUCCUCCGCUCGUUGCCACCAUUGAACUGGAUGUUUGGGCGAGGAGAGUUGGAGGCCCCCAACCAGCAUAUGCUCUACCUCAUCAAGGAAAACCAGCGAUUCGACUUCUGGUUUGGAUUGGAUACGCGCCGGAUCCGCACAUACGUAGCUUUGGGCAUCUGGCGUUGCCCGUGGAUCCCCGGGCAUGGGCUCCGCAGCUCGUGCUGGAGCCGGAGGGGCCUAGCCCUGUGAUCCAGUCUGUGCUGGAGAGUCGGCUCAAGCUGCUCGAGGUGAUCGGGGGCCACCAGCUCCGCCCGUACUCGCUGCGGUUUGAGCUACCACCGGGCCUAGCCAGUGCCACUUGCUUCAGGCUGCUGGAGAGGAGCUACCCCGACCAUAAGCAGCCCUUCUGCCUGCCAGUGGAGGGGCUGGGGGUGGGCGAGCUGCCCGCCUUCGCGGCCCUGCCCCGCCGCUUCCGCGAGUGGUCGGGUGCUGACGCGGGAGACGAGGUACGAACGGUGUCGGUGUGCGACCAGCUGGCGCCGCCGCAGCGCUACACGGACGGCGUGCCAGCGCUGUGGGCGGUGGUGGGGCCGCCGCGGCACCCGCACAGCGACCGCGACUGGGGGCAGCACCUCCAGCAGAUCGCCAUUCGUACGGUGCACUACCUGGCGUACCACGUGGCGAUGGGGAUGUCGGGGCUGCUGCUGUACACGGACGCGGUGCAGCGGCACUACCUGCGCCGGGUGCCCGCGCUGCAGCCCUACCUCACAGCAGGGCACCUCAGGCUGGUGGACUGGGACCUGCCGGAGCGCAACCACGCAGACGACGGGCGGGGGAGACCGCUCGGGUACAACUAUGACCAGGCCCUGGUGACCAGCCAUGCGCUGCUGGGGCUGUCGGCGUGUGGCGCCAACCUGCUGGUGCUCACCACCGACUUCGACGAGUAUCUGUACUCGCCCAAGCCCGGCGUGCGCUGGCCGGACUCAUGGGCCGCCUGCAUGCCGCGCCAGUCGCCGCCGCCUCAGCAGCGGCCGGUGGCGGUGUGGGGCCUGAUGCGCUUCGAGCUGCUCAGCAGUGCGGUGGCGCCGCGGGAUGAGGCGGCGCUGUGGAGCGCGAGCCCGCAGCCGGCAGGGGAGGAGGCAGGCGCGGCCGCAGUCGUAGCGCAGAGCCCGCUGCUGGCCUACUAUGACCGGCGUGGGGCUGAGCCUAUCAACCGUGUGCACGCCAAACACAUCCUCAUGCCGGGGAGGGAGGUGGUGUCGUUCUUCGUGCACGAGGGCGCCCCGCUGCACGGCGCGCGUCAGUUCGUGGAGGCCGACUGCCUGCAGCUGCUGCACGUGUCCAACUACUGGCGGCCGCGCAGCCACGGCGGCAACGGCUCCCUCCAGCACCUGGACGCCGGCGAGUUCGUGGAGUUCAGGCACUGGAUGGCGGCGGGCGCGGCGGCGGCGGCAGCGGAGACUGCAGCGGGCGGAGCGGCAACAGCCACGUCAAGAUGAAGCGCGGGCACAGACGGCUAGCUAGCAGUAAUCAAGCCGCCAGCUCGAGAGCAUGGGGUGUCGAGGUGUCCGCGUGCUCGUGACACGCCUUGGUCAAGCGGGCGCUGGGCGCUCUUGCUCUUACUCUAGAGUGGUAGACAUCGGGGAGGUUAGGCCCAGACUGGGCCCCCAAAACCCUGGAGCCCCACAACCCCACCACACGAUUCACCGCCUGCAUACGCUGAUCAAGGCUGGCACAUGGGUGAAAACUGCCAGCGAACUGUGAUUGUUUCAUUUGGGCUUACAAAUGCGAGACACAAUAGCUAGCUUCAUCGCAAGGGACGAAGCAAUGACUCGUAAAAUUUGUAUGUCUAUGAAGAGCCAUGUCCAUAGGGUUAAUGGUAAUGUGCAGGUCAGUGAUGUGAUCUUUCCUUUUGGGUGGUGGGAGUGUGCUGCCUAAGCCGCAGUGCAGCUUUGGGGUAACCCAUCUGGUUUGACACAGAUAGCUGUUGGAACAUUAGUACGGGCACUGAAGGGCAAAGCACGUGACCGGCUUGCUCGUGGGAGUACCUCAAAUGCUGUCACUGGUGAGGUGGCAGCGGUGUGAUAUAUGUAAUGUUUGCGGCAUGUCCGGGAGUAACGCAUGGCUUGCCAGUAGGCAAUAAUGCCGCUGCGAGUGACUACUGUACGGAGUGGCUAGUCGGGUGCAUGUUUAUGAUGCUGUUUGGGGUUGGGGAGAGGGGCUGCAUGUGCGACUGCUGUCGCCUGUGCGUGUUGUCCCAGCGAGUGUACGAAGAACGGGCGGCCGGCCGGUGUCGUAACUGCAAUAACUCCGAGGCGACCGCUAGUGCUGGUCAGCUUACAUGUGACCAUUUGACGCGGAGUGCAGUCGUGGUGUGAAAGACCAGGGCAGGGAAUGUAGAUCAGGUCAUGUAUAUAAGUACGGAAGACCUUCGCAAUCGUAGGUACCAGAGCUAGCAGCAUAGCAGGGUUGCACCACAGCAGCAAGAGGUUGACAUUUCUGGCGUCUCAAGCCAGAGUAGGGACUAGUCCUGUGUGGUGUGUGACGCAGUAGUACAGGCAGUUGCUGCCUACGGUAGGAUCGGAAACGCUGUCUCUAGACAGGGGCAAGUGGUUUCCGUUCCUAGGCGGAGUUGUGAGCCAGGCUGAGCGGCAGCUACCGGCCUAUCCCGGGCAUUUGACACGCAGCUCCUGUAGGGGAUGCCCGCGCCCGUGCGCUUGCCCGUACGGUAAAUCGGUGAUCGCA